ACGGGACAGCGGGGCAGAGCCUCUCGGUCCCAGACCCAACGUUGCCGUGCGGUUCGCGACAGCUUCCCGAUACCCUCAAAAGCCCCAGGCAGGAAUCGUGCAAUUAGCGCAUCUAACUCCUCCUUUACUGCAAGCUUCUCUCCCAUUGGUAAAAGGUCUUCCAGGCUCAUGUGGGGAUCCCACCCCUUUUGUGGGUUUUCAUUCUGAAGCUAUCCACAACUUUACACCUGAAUGAAUGCCAAGCCUUUCUGAAUAUAUAAAGGAAACCUUGAAGAGCAAUUUCAGAGUUACCGAGAACAAGCAGAAGAAAAACAUUUCAUCUGGCUCCGUCAGACAGAGACUGAACCAACCAUGCUUCUCCCCGCCAUUCACUUCUACGGCUUACUCCUAGCUUGCACCUUCACUAGAAGCUACUCGGCUUUCAAGAACGAUGCCACGGAGAUACUUUAUUCCCACGUCGUUAAACCUGCUCCGGCGAGCCCCAGCAGCAACAGCACGUUGAAUCAAGCCAGAAACGGAGGAAGGCACUACGCCGGCACGGGCUCCGACCGUCACAAUCGCGUUCAAGUUGGCUGCCGGGAACUGCGAUCCACCAAGUACAUUUCAGACGGCCAGUGCACCAGCAUCAAUCCCCUGAAGGAGCUGGUGUGUGCUGGUGAAUGUCUCCCUUUGCCUCUUCUGCCCAACUGGAUUGGAGGAGGUUAUGGAACCAAGUACUGGAGCAGACGAAGCUCGCAAGAGUGGAGAUGUGUCAAUGACAAAACUCGCACCCAGAGGAUCCAGCUGCAGUGCCAGGAUGGAAGUAUAAGAACCUACAAAAUAACUGUGGUCACAGCCUGCAAGUGCAAGCGAUACACCAGGCAGCACAAUGAAUCCAGCCACAACUUUGAGGGAACCUCUCAAGCAAAGCCUGUCCAGCAUCACAAAGAGAGAAAAAGAGCCAGUAAAUCCAGCAAACACAGUACAAGUUAGAGGUCAGAGGUUCUCUCCUCUCCUGCUCCUCCUGCCAAAACUGAACUCACCUGUAACCAUUUGCUUUACAGUUCUGACUGCUUAAAGACAAGUCUGCCAUUGCUUUGUUCUCAGAUGAUACUGCACGCUUACUGUUUUGACCAAAAUCAAAAGGGGCAUUCUCAGCAUAAGGACCAUUUCGGGUGAUUUUCCAAAAGCUCAAGAUGGGCAGUAACACAAGCCAUCCAAACCCUCACUUCAAAGCUUUACAUUCCCUCCAGUCAUGGAGGCAAAGAAAAGUUGCCAUGAAUAUUCACGGAAGUCUGUUUUGUAAAAUGAUGCUUUGUUGUAUGUCUUCACAACAACAGUUUAUUAUCACGCCUACUGCCUUCUCUAUCAUGUUUUAGGAACUUCUGACAACAGCUUACGAAUGCUACACCAAGUAUCUGCUUUCAGAUUCAUUCUAAAAAAAGAAUGCCUUGCAUGCUGAUCUUUCUCUUGUCUCAGUAUACCAAAAAUGAAAAUAUGCAUGGCAGCAAUCAAAAAGUAAAGCUGAACAAACUAUUUAUUUGUUGUUGUAAUUAUUUAAUGAGCUUUUGUAUGUGUUAUUUCCCUCCAAAAUGUUCUUGUGUUUAUAGCUUUUCUCAUGUAUCAAAGUAUUCUGCUAUGAUUUGUGGCUGGAUUAGAACAUACAUUUUGUAGAUAAUGUAAAAUAGAUGUUCUAGCAUUCUUGGUAUAUAUAUUUUCAUUUUGAACAUUGAUAGAUUUAGGUGUUAUUUUGAACUACCAAUAUAAAAAUUUGUUUUUUCAUUCUCCA